CCUGCGAGUCAUUCGCUUGUUACUAUCCAAUUGUUGCACAUACUGAGAAGACGUAGAAGCGAUACUGUGCGAGCCGUCUCAGCUUCAAAUUCCCGAAUUGACUGCACAAGUAUGUGAUUGUACAGAGUGUCCCAUAAAAAACGUUUGAAAUAAUAUUGCCAGAGUGUUUAUUCUAUCUUACAAGCUGCUUUGUAGAAUUUGAAUUGGAAGUCAGUUGCUACAAUGAUAUUAGAUAUGAAAUCUGUUCUUUUCGCGUAUUGUGUAAUCACAAUAUUCGCAGAGGGAGAAUCACAAUUCUGGCAAGGUACAUCGUUUCCUCAAAACGAUUUAAUAAACUUUCUCUUCCCUAAAGAUCCAAAUUUAGUGAAAGUAAGAAAAAUUGAGCAAACCAGUGGAAGUGAAGCAGUAGUAUUAGAUUUCAUUGGUUUGGUUGAACAAUAUGGUUAUCCCGCUGAAGAACACAACGUUACAACAGAGGAUGGAUACAAUCUGAAAAUACACAGGAUACCCGGCAGCCCAUUAUUGAAUAAUAAAAAAAAGAAGAAAGUUGUAUUUGUGCAACACGGCAUUUUUGCUUCAUCUGAUAGCUGGGUAUUGUUCGGUCCAGGCAAAGAUCUUGUAUUUCUAUUAGCCGACCAAGGAUAUGAUGUAUGGAUUGGUAAUAUUAGAGGAAAUACUUAUUGCAGAUCGCAUAUAGAAUGGACGACAUAUGAUCGUAAAUUCUGGCAAUUCAGCUUUCACGAGAUAGGAACAAAGGAUCUGCCGGUCAUGAUAGACUAUGCCCUUAAUUAUACGAAACAAAAAAGUUUAUUAUAUAUUGGUUAUUCAAUGGGAACUACUACACUGUUUGUUCUCCUGUCAAUGAAACCGGAGUACAAUGAAAAAAUAAACAUGGCCAUCUGCCUUGCUCCAGUUGUUUCAUGGAUAAAAAUAACACCCACAAUGCAGGAAAUUGUUAAUAUAACUCCAGCACUUAAGGAAUUUCUUGACAAGUAUGAAAUAUACGAUCUUUUUCCACAAUCUUUGACAACCAUCACGGCAGGAAAGAUAUUAUGUAACGAUGAAGCUAUGACUCAAGCUAUUUGCACUACAGUGAUUUUUCUACUCGUCGGUUCUGAUCCAGCACAGCUUAAUACUACAGCGCUGCCACACUUAAUUUCCUAUUUUCCAGCAGGUGCUUCUGUACAAACAUUACAUCAUUAUUACCAAAAUAUUGUUAGUAAUAAGUUUCGAGCCUAUGAUUAUGGAGUCAUUAGCAAUUACGAGCAAUAUGGACAGAAAAUGCCUCCAAAUUAUGAUUUGAAGAAAAGUAUUGCUCCGAUAUUUUUAUUUUAUUCGGUCAACGAUAUGAUUGUUACAAAAGAGAAUGUGUUCGAUCUAAGCAAACGCUUGCCAAACGUUGUUCUAACCGAGGAAAUCCCAUUUAAACUAUUUAAUCAUGCAGAUUACCAAUGGGCACUCAACGCAAAAACUCUUCUAUAUGAUCGUGUGUUAGAAGUGAUGCAAGAAUUUCAUCAAAAUGUAACUAUGAAAUGAUUGACACAAAAUUAUGUCAUUGUCGUAUGUUGAAUAAAGAAUUUUAUGAUGUUAUUUUCAGUUUUCAACUGAAUAAAUUUUAUGGAAGAAAUA